AUGGCAAACAGAGGUCCUGCCUAUGGUCUGACCCGCGAGGUUCAGAGCAAGAUUGAUAAGAAAUACGACCCGGAACUGGAGGGAAGGCUGGUGGAGUGGAUCAUUGCCCAGUGUGGCUCUGGAGUCGGUCAGCCCGAUCAAGACAAGACCGGCUUCCAAAACUGGCUCAAGGAUGGAUGUGUGCUUUGUGAGCUCAUUAACAGCCUGUACGGAGCCAACAAGCCAGUCAAGAACAUCAAGCACUCUGGCAUGGCGUUCAAGCAGAUGGAGCAAAUCUCAUUGUUCCUCAAUGCUGCCGAAAAAUAUGGAAUCACCAAAACGGACAUGUUCCAGACUGUAGACCUCUUUGAGGGCAAAGACCUGGCUGCCGUCCAGAGGACCCUGAUGGCUCUGGGUAGUUUGGCUGUCACGAAGGAUGAUGGGAAUUACAAAGGAGACCCCAACUGGUUCCAUAAAAAGGCGCAGGAGAACAGGAGGGAUUUCUCUGAGGAGCAGCUGAACGAAGGCAAAAAUGUCAUCGGGCUGCAAAUGGGCACAAAUAAAGGAGCAAAUCAAGCCGGCAUGACAGGCUACGGACGACCGCGGCAGAUCAUCAACAACCCCUGA